AUGGGGCCCCCGGGCAAUAGGGGAUCAUGGGGCCACUGUGUCCUUGCCCAAACUCAAAAAAGCCUAUAAAAAAGUAGGGUCAUUGGUUUGAAUCCCAACCAAAGCACCACCUGCCUGGAGUUUGCAUGUUCUCCCUGUGCCUGUGUGGAUUUCCUCCGGUUUCCUCCUAUCAGGGGCGGACUGACAACUCAUGGGGGCCCCAGGCAAUAGGGGAUCAUGGGGCCCCUGUGUCCUUGAACACACAAAAAAAAAAUGUAUGAAAAGGUAUCAAGGGCAUCUCAUGGGGUUACCUACUGACCCCGGGCCCUCGGGCAGCGCCCAAGUUCCCAAAUGGUCAGUCUGCCCCUGCCUCCUACACUCUAAA